AUGGGGACUGUAAUAGGUGAAGAGGUUAUGAUCCAACAGCAAGCAUGUGAAUCUGGUUUCGAUCCUCGCACCAUUUCAGAUAGAGAGCAAGACGAUGAUGGCAAAACAAGGAGGACUGGGAGUCUUUUUAAUUCACGUGAAAACAAUUCUAGAUCAUCCUCAUAG